UCUAACUUUUCUAGGUAUUGCAGUGGAGGAUUGGAACUAGAUUAUCAAUCAGUACUCCGAUCGGAUUCACGCCGGGGAUUCGUGUCCAGUGAAAGGCGACAUGUUGACUCAGUUCGGGGCUACGGCUGAAUCGCUGAGCAAGGCUUCAACGAUGGUGUUCAGGAUCGGUACCGACGCUCACCUGUACGACGAUCCGGAUGACGCCAAUAUCGCGCCACUCCUCGAUAGCAAGUUCGAUACCGAAAAAUGCGAAGCGCUCAAGCGUCUACUAGCCCUUAUUGCGCAGGGAUUCGAUGUGUCCACUUACUUCCCGCAGGUGGUUAAAAAUGUAGCAUCGCAGUCACUGGAGGUUAAGAAGCUGGUUUACUUGUACUUAUUGCAUUACGCCGAAAAGCGGCCAAAUGAGACAUUGCUUUCAAUUAAUUAUUUUCAGAAGGAUUUGGGGGAUCCAAACCCUUUGGUGAGGGCAUGGGCACUCCGCACCAUGGCAGGGAUUCGCCUGCAUGUUAUUGCACCCCUUGUUCUGGUGGCUGUGGGAAAAUGUGCCCGAGAUCCAUCUGUAUAUGUUAGAAAAUGUGCUGCAACUGCACUUCCUAAGUUACAUGAUUUGCGGUUGGAUGAACACAUGGACGCCAUUGAAGAGCUUAUUGGAAUAUUGUUGAAGGACAACUCUCCUAGUGUGGUUGGUGCUGCUGCUGCUGCCUUUGCUUCUAUUUGUCCUAAUAACUUCUCUAUGAUUGGAAGAAAUUACAGAAGGUUAUGUGAAACUGUUCCUGAUGUGGAAGAAUGGAGUCAAAUUGUUUUGAUUGGAAUUCUUCUACGAUAUGUAAUUGCAAAACAUGGGCUAGUAGUAGAAUCCCUAAUGUUAGUUUCCAAUGCUCUGAUGAAGCAUAACUCUGAAAAGGAGGGUUUGGAACCUCAUAAUGAAAUAAAUAAACCUCAUAAUGGAACAAGAUUUGAUUUAUGCACUGAGAUUGCAGAUAUAGUAUCCCGCAGUUACCUUCAAGGACCAGAUAAGUACCUAUCUCAGUUGGGUCUUGUGAAUAGAGAGUCUUUGGGAUUGGAUUAUUCACAUGCUACAUCUGCUAAAAGUAACGAUGAUGUGAAGAUCUUGUUGCAGUGUACAUCACCAUUGCUAUGGAGUUCUAAUAGUGCAGUUGUGCUGGCAGCUGCUGGGAUUCAUUGGAUUAUGGCUCCGAAGGAGGACAUUCGAAAAAUUGUUAAGCCUCUGCUAUUUUUGUUGAGGUCAUCUUACUCCUCAAAAUAUGUGGUCUUGUGCAACAUUCAAGUCUUUGCUAAAGCAAUGCCAUAUCUAUUUUCUCCAUAUUUUGAAGAUUUCUUCAUUAACUGUUCAGAUUCAUAUCAACUUAAAACUCUGAAGCUUGAGAUACUUUCCUCUAUAGCUACAGACUCUUCUAUUUCCUCAAUUCUUCUUGAGUUUCAGGAUUAUAUCAGAGAUCCAGAUCGUAAAUUUGCUGCUGACACAGCAGCUGCAAUUGGUUUAUGUGCCAAAAGACUUCCAAAUGUUGCCAACACAUGUUUGGAAGGGCUAUUGUUUCUGGCAUUAUCUGAUUCUUCAAAUAAGGAUGAUGCCUCACUGGGUGAAGAAGAAAUUGUAUUGGUUCAAAUUAUAAAGUCUAUCAAAGCAAUCAUAAAACAAGAUCCUCCCAAUCACGAGAAAGUAAUUGUUCAUUUGUUGCGAAGCUUGGAUUCAAUUUAUGCACCCGCGGCACGUGCUAUGGUUAUAUGGAUGAUGGGUGAGUACUGCAACAUCGGAGGUCUUAUUCCAAAGAUGAUACCCACAGUCUUUAAGUAUAUUGCUCGGCAUUUUACUUCUGAGGCAGUCGAAUCAAAACUCCAGAUUAUCAAUGCCUGUGUCAAGGUCCUACUACGAGCUAAAGGGGAAGAUGUGUCUGAAUUACGAAUUACUGUAGGAUAUGUGCUUGCACUAGCUAAAUGUGACAUGAAUUAUGAUGUCCGCGACCGUGCUCGUGUUCUGAAGAAUUUCCUAUCACACUGUAGGGGUUUGCAUGAUUCGGAAUAUGUUGAGGAUCAAACGGAUUUCAAAGACCUGACACGUGUACUUUCCGAAUACAUAUUUGGGGGGCAAGCAGAAAUUUCAUCUGAGCCAUUUAGUUAUCGAUUCUAUCUUCCUGGCUCUCUUUCCCAGAUAGUGCUGCACGCAGCUCCAGGAUAUGAACCUCUCCCUGAACCUUGUAGUUUAGUGGGUGAUGGGUUCGAUCCCUCUGUGAGAGGAACAAGUUCAUUGGGAGUUAGAACUACUGAUAGUGAACCAAAUGAUGUUGAUACUGAUGCCACUUCGGGAUCCAUGGAUGAAGAGAACACAUCCGACUACGAUUCUGAAGAUUCUGUUUCUGGAUCAAGUACCGAUGGAGGCCACUAUACUGAUAAUGUCUCUGAUAGAAAUGGAGAUGAAGAAGCUGGUGCAUUGAUUCAUCUUUCAGAUAGUGCUCCCACUUCUAGAAAUCAUCUAGAAGCCUCAGAAGGCCUGCCGUCAUCUGGCUUGAUGGAUUUUGGUGAAUUGAUGUCGAAAAGAGCCCUUGAAUCAUGGUUGAAUGAAAAUCCUGGUUCUAGCCAGACCUCUUCUGAUGCAGGUCAUGUUCAGAGAUCAUUAGCCAGACUCUCCAUUAAAGACAUCGGGCAGCUGGUCAAACCCAAGUCAUAUAUUCUUCUAGAUCCUGCAAAUGGAAAUGGGUUAGGUGUGGAUUAUAGAUUUUUGUCCAAGGUGUCAAAUAUAUCCCCCGAACUUGUAGUUUUGGAUGUUGCCUUCAGAAAUUCUUCAACAGGGACGAUGUCAAAUAUAAUGCUUUCUGAAGAGGACGUUAACCUGGAUUCUUCAGACAAGUCAGUGUCACCAAGUGAAAGUUCAAAUGUGACUCGUGAGGUUCCAUCUCUCGUUCCCAUGGAAGAGAUAAGCUGCCUUGAACCCGGUCAGACAGAAAAUAGGACAAUCCAGGUUCGGUUUGAACACCAUCUGUUGCCUUUGAAGCUGGCUUUAUGGUGCAACGACAAAAAGCAACUAGUAAAGUUUCGACCAGACAUUGGUUACUUCAUCAAACCUCUUCCAAUGGAUAUUGAAUCCUUCACAAAGAAGGAAUCUCAACUUCCGGGGAUGUUUGAAUACGUGAGAAGGUGUACAUUCACCGACCAUAUUGGCCCGCUGAAUGACUCGAAUGGCGAGUCACCGGUUAAAGACAUUUUUCUAAUGAUAUGUGAGAAGCUGACACUAAAAAUGCUUACAAAUGCGAAUUUGUUUCUCGUAUCCGUAGACUUGCCUGUUGCAGCUACCCUCAACGACACAUCAGGAUUAUGCUUACGCUUAAGUGGCGAGAUCCUGGGCAGAUCCAUUCCUUGUUUGGUCACACUUACUCUCAAAGGUAUUUGCUCUGAACCCCUCGAAGUAUCAGUUAAAAUGAACUGUGAGGAAACUGUUUUCGGCUUAAAUCUGUUAAACCGCAUCGUGAAUUUCUUGGCUGAGCCGACACCAUGAUCUGUAUGGUACUCAUCCAUGGAGUAUGAUGCUCCUUUUCUUGCUGCCCUUUCCGACCUUAUUUUGAGAACAGUUUUGUUUACACAGAGAAAGAAAAUGGUUUGAGACAA